AUUAAAAAAUUAAAAAGGAGGAGUCAGGAGGAUAUUCAGAUACCAAUACUGUUUAAAUUGCAAAACAGUCCAAAAACAUUACUGCAUCAAGCAUUGUUUAUUUUAAAUUUUCUCAAUUUACCACAAGGUGAAAUAUUAACAAGAGCUGAAAGACAUUUCGAACAGCAACAACAGCCCUUUGUGAUUAAUGAACCUAUUUGGACUAAAACAGCUCCAGAGGCUGAAUGGGAGAAGGGCACACUGCUCUAUAAGGGGAAAGGUUUUGGUUAUAUCUCCACAGAAAAUGGAAUUCAGCAGUGGGUCCCUGGACGAUGGAUCAGGAUCUGCGCCUCCAGACCCUGUUCGCCAGCCCCGGAGACAACUCCCCAAGGAACCGGAACCGUGCCUUCAGAAGCGAGUGCGAAACCAGCUAGAGGCUGAAGAUGCUGAGCUUGUUCCUAUCGCAGCCAUGGCCAGAUUACAGCUAAGAAAAUCCCGCCGCUCACAGCGACCAAAUUUAAAUCCCCUCCCUACAUGGGGACAAUUAAAGAAAUUGACCAUAGAAGGGCAACGGCUUGUCCUUCAAGCAGGAAAGCCUUUAAACCCUGAAAACUUGUUUUUAGCUUUAUGUGCCUUGCUCACCGUUGCAUCGGGGACUGAGUCUUCCAGAUCCAAAGAAAAUAACUGACGGAGCUCCUAUAUUUCCUCAGAAGACGUCUCUUUUGUGGUGGGGAGAUGGUGGAAUCGCUAACCCUGCUGUUGCAGCCGAAGAAUACCCUCAUCACCUUCAAAAUCAUAUUUGGAAGAUUCCAGCCGCUAUGCAACCUGUAACCUUGUACAAUGUUUCCUAUUCAGGGACUAGUCGAUCUGUAUCUACUACUUAUAAUUUUACUAGGUUUAAAAUGUAUAAUAUUACUGUUUGUGCACCUCUGCCUUAUAUCUUUUUAGUGGGAACUUUUAAUUUUACACAUUUUUCUUGUACUUGUUUAAAUUGUCAAUUGUUUACAUGCUUAAAUAGCACACUAAAUUUCACUAAGCCUUAUACAGUUAUGCUGUUACAACAAAAAACUCAUAUUUGGUUGCCUGUAAAUUUAACUCGACCAUGGUCUCAAGACCCGGUAAUUUCUGUUACUACUGAAUUUUUUAAACAUCUGUUAAAACGUACAAAAAGAUUUAUUAAAAUAGUGGUUGCUGUACUGUUAAGUCUGAUAACUGUAGCCUCCCUAGCAGCAGUCUCAGGAAUAGCUUUACAAACCUCUUUGCAAGAAAAACAUGUUGUAGAAUUAUGGCAUGAAAAUUCUCAUAAACUUUGGUUAACUCAGUGGCAAAUAAAUGCCAAACUACAACAACAAAUAGACCUCCUUAAACAAACAGUUAAAUGGAUGGGUAGAAAAAUAUUGGCUCUUCAGCAUCAAGUGUUUUUAAAAUGUGAUUAGAAUUCAACUACUUUCUGUAUAACCCAACGACCUUAUAAUCAAACAGAACAUGAAUGGGAAAUGAUUAAAAUAUAUCUAAAUGGAAACACCUCUGCCCAGGAGGAAAUAAAAUCUUUGCAUAAUCAAAUUGACAAGGAUUUUGCAAAGCAAAAUGAUGAUAAAUCCCUGGCACAAUUCGCGCAAUUGCUUGCUCAAUCUUUGAAAGGAUUAGAUUCCAAAGGAAUCUGGCAGAGCAUAACCCACACUUUUAGUGGCAUGGGACUUAGUUUAAUUAUAGUUCUCAUUGCCAUAGUUCUUGUGUAUUUUUACUGCAUAAGACGAAAUACUAUUAAUAACCUGAUCUUAUGGAAAUUGUUGUUAAAAAAUAAAAAGGAAGGAAGUGUGGGGGAUGAGGUGUCACUUUGUAGGCCCAACCCCCUCUAACCUGCAAUUUACAAUAGCCACCCUGGUAUGCGAGAAGGAGGUAGAAUAGGAAUGCCUGUUCUCAGUGAGACCCCUCACCCUCUGGAAUCCAUACUGUGAGCUGGCUUUGUUUUGCAGAAGUCUUGAGGAAGUGGCUGGCCACCCUUUGUGACACUAACAGCAGACAAAUUAACAACAUUCUUGAGCUAAUGAAUUUCUUCCUGGGCUAGAGAAGUUAUGAGAACUGGUUGUGAUUAUUUACUUCACUUAGAUAGCUUUAGAAUAAACAUUGUAGUCUGUCACGUUGUAGCUUGCCACAAAGAAUGCCUUUUCACUACUUAAUUAUCUGGGCUCUGUGAACUGAUCGGGUUUACUAUAUAUGAAUCCUAAAAUAAAGAUUGUGCGUGCAGUGCAGUGUAACGCGGUGCAGACAGUAAA